UGUUUAAGACAGCAUCUUUUCAGCAACAACAGCUCCAUAAUACAUCCAAAGAAAUAUUCCCCAAAGAGAAAUAAUACGUAAAACAUUAAUAGCAGCAACAUGUUUAAGUUUUUGCCUUUGUGCUUAAUAUCUCUAAUUGCUUUGGUGGCUAGCAGACCCAGUGUUUUAGAAUCUCAUCAUGCCGCCUACUCACCGUAUCAUCAUACACCUCUGCUGACAUCCUCUCCUUAUUCCGCUCUUGAUGCUGGUGUUGCUGCUUAUCCUCACGGUGGAUUUGUUUCACCUUUAUAUGGCUCUCAUUUGUCUCAUGUUCCUCACCAUAUCUCACCAUAUGUUGGCUCCUCUUCGCCCUAUAUUGGUGGUCAUCAUUAUGGUUUACAUCCCUACGAUUCGUUGUUUCUAAGACAUUAAAAGGUAUUUAGUGCCUUUAAUGAGGGCAAUGAGGCAGUAUAUUGCUGGCAAUGUCGAGUGGAGAAUUAUGUUGAGUAUUAUUGUAAAGUACUUAAGUUAACGUUUUAAAUGUUUGUAAUAAAUUACCAAAUUUAAAUUGAGGA